CGCAAUAUAUUUUUUGUUCAGAAAGUUAAAAAAAACUAAAUUGUUGAAAUUAGUAGUACUAUUUUAGUUUUAAAAAAAUUAAUACGAACAAAAAAAUGUACAAAUAUGCCGCAACAGAUUCAAUAUUUGAUGGUGUUUCAAAUAUUUAUUUGAUAAGUAUUGCAACAGCAUUUUUAGCGGUUAUUAUAGCAUUUUAUUGCAGUAAUUUUCUCAAGGACGAAAGUGAAAAACAAUUAAAGCAAGUGUUGAAUGAUGUGGGCGAUGAGGAGGAGGAAGACAUGGCAGAACAAGACGAUUAUCUUAAUGAUUCUACCACUGAAAUAGAAAAUCAUUAUCAAUUAAAACAGGAAAUACAAAAACGUUUAAUACUUGAUGAAUUAGAAAAUACAAGUGAUUAUGAGGACAAUGACGCCUAUAAAAAUGUUUAUGCGAAAAGCAAUUCUACUUCCACUAAUGAAGAUUCUGACGCUGACUAUGACAUGGAUGAAAUGCAUGUCGAUGGUCUAGUUAGUAAGAUAAAAUCGAAAAGAGUUAAAGAGUUGGAGGCCCAACUAACCAGAGAUCAAUUGGAAGAAGAAAAAAGAAUUGAACGCGAACAAUUAGCAGCCAUUUUUGAGCUGUUAAAAAAACAAGAGGCCGAGCUCAAUAUGAAGGAAAUCGAUGAAUCGGAAUUGAAUGCUCAAUUAGCUUUAUAUCGUUAAUAUUGUUACAAAUUGUUUAGAAUAACAAAACCAAACCAGGAACCACCAAUUAGAUAUGUUUCUCAGAGUUUAAAUAUAGUAUAUAAUAAUAAAUAUUUUUAUAUGCUAUGUAUAGUUUAGUAAAUAGUAUGUAUGUAUAUUAAAUGUAUGUUUGUGUCAGUAGUUAUUGCCUAAUAAAUGUUAAAUUUUAAACAUAAAAACAUGCAAAAAUAAAAAAAUAUUCUCAAGCAAA